AUGUAUGACUCUAUAGCUGAAGAGUUUAACGGGAGACUGGACAUUCUUGUCAACAAUGCCGCGCACAUGGAACCGUACAAGCCUUUUCUUGAAUCUGACCCUGACAUCUACUGGCGAACAUGGGAAGUAAAUAUCCGAGGCCUCUUCAACAUGGCACGCGCAUUCCUCCCAAUGCAGCUAUCGAGUUAUUCCAGAUUUGGCAGCUCUGGUAUCAUGAUCAACGUAUCGUCAUCAGGAGUUCUGAGUGUGCGCCCCGGUAGUGGAAGUUAUCGAAGCUCCAAGCUCGCAGUGCUUCGAUGGACCGAGUCACUGCAAGUGGAGUACGGAGAACAGGGGCUUUUGGCACUCUGCGUGAACCCAGGAGCGAUCAAAACAAAGAUCACUGAAGGAGCGCCCGAAGCAGUUAGGAAUGCACUUCCUCAUCAGCCAGAUAUAGCUGGUGAUACGAUUACUUGGCUAGCUUCUGAGCGCAGGGAUUGGCUUGGUGGAAGAUAUGUGAGUUAUCCAUGGGGUAUGGAGGAGCUUCUCGCCAAGAAGGAUGAGAUUGUUAAGGAGGAUAAACUUAAGGCUGAGAAUGGUUGUUUGAUACUGUGUUCAUAA